UUUUUUGUAUCUACGCUUACGUGAGCUCUCUAAACCAAUGUAGUUUGUCAUACGUAAAGUGAAGCUUACCUACGUUUUAACAUUUUCAGACUUAAUGUAAAAGAUCAAAGCUAUGUUGGAGUUCUAACAACUAUGAAGGAUCUUUAAGGCUCCAGAGAGACUACAGAGACUCAACCAGAGAGACAACAGAGACUCAACCAGAGAGACUACAGAGAGAGACUCAAUCAGAAACAGCAGUAACUAGACAGAGGAUCAACCAGAGAGAGACUAGAUCCAGGAUCCAGAGAGAUCAGAACAACAAAGAGAGAGCUGAGUUAUGAAGACACAUCACUGUGAUACAUGUGGGAAGAGCCUUUCCUCAUCCAGUAAACUCAAGAUGCACAUGAGGAUCCAUACUGGAGAGAAGCCCUACAGCUGUGACCUCUGUGUUAAAACCUUUAGACAUGCUGGGGAUUUAACAUCUCACCGCAGAAUCCACACUGGAGAGACGCCCUACAGCUGUGACCUCUGUGGUCAAGCCUUUAGCAGUAAUAGAAGUUUCACAGCUCACCGCAGGAUCCACAGUGGAGAGAAGCCCUACAGCUGUGACAUCUGUGGUAAAACAUUUAGCCAGGCUGGCCAUUUCAGAGAUCAUAGCAGGAUCCACACUGGAGAGAAGCCCUACAGCUGUGACCUCUGUGAUAAAACCUUUAACCGGGCUAGCAGUUUCACAGAUCACCGCAGAAUCCACACUGGAGAGAGGCCCUACAGCUGUGACCAUUGUGGUAAAACCUUUAGCAGUAAUAAAAGUUUCACAGUUCACCGCAGAAUCCACACUGGGGAGAAGCCCUACAUUUGUGACCUCUGUGGUAAAACUUUUCGACAGGAUGUCCAUUUUAGACAUCACAGGAGAAUCCAUACUGGAGAGAAGCCCUACAGCUGUGACCUCUGUGGUAAAACCUUUAGCAGUGGUAGCAGUUUGACAAAUCACCGCAGAAUCCACACUGGAGAGAAGCCCUACAGCUGUGACCAUUGUGGUAAAACUUUUAGCAGUAAUAAAAGUUUCACAGUUCACCGCAGGAUCCACAAUGGAGAGAAGCCCUACAGCUGUGACCUCUGUGGUCAAACCUUUAGCAGUGGUAGCAGUUUGACAAUUCACCGCAGAAUCCACACUGGAGAGAAGCCCUACAGCUGUGACCUCUGUGAUAAAACCUUAAGCUGUGGUAGCAGUUUGACAAUUCACCGCAGAAUCCACACUGGAGAGAAGCCCUACAGCUGUGACCUCUGUGAUAAAACCUUUAGCAGAGCUAACCAUUUCACAGUUCACCGCAGAAUCCACACUGGAGUGAAGCCCCACAGCUGUGACCUCUGUGGUAAAACAUUUAGCUGUGAUAGCAGUUUGACAGUUCACAGCAGAAUCCAUACUGGAGAGAAGCCCUACAGCUGUGACCUCUGUGGUAAAACCUUUAGACAGACUGGGGAUUUGACAGUUCACCGCAGGAUCCACACUGGAGAGAAGCCCUACAGCUGUGACCUCUGUGGUAAAACCUUUAGCCACGCUGGCCAUUUCAGAUCUCAUAGCAGGAUCCACACUGGAGAGAAG